GCUUCACUUAUUCCUAUGAAAAGGACUUGUUUUUUGCUUUUAUGUUUUUUAUGGAAUGUGUUAUUUCCUUGCAAUUUCAACCAGGAUCCACACCUGCGAUGUGAAAUGAUACCCAACAGUAUGUCAGUGCUGGAGAAAAAGGGGGACAUCAUCUUGGGGGGACUCUUCUCCCUUCGAGACAUGGUGGAGGAACAGAGUCUGUCUUUCACCUCACAGCCUCCUAAGAUUAAAUGCACCAGAUUUAAUUUUCGAACAUUCCGCUGGAUGCAAACUAUGAUCUUUGCAAUUGAAGAGAUCAACAAGGAGGGUAAACUCCUUCCAAACAUGACAAUUGGAUACAAGAUCUAUGAUUCCUGCAGUACACCUCAUCAAGCAUUAAAAGCUGCAAUAGAGUUAACAGGGAAUGAGAAUAACUCAGAGUUUGAACAAAAGAUUCUGAGUAAUAGCAUUUGUAAAGAAAGCGUGCCAGUAGUGAUAGGAGAUGGAGGCUCCACUCAGUCUCUUGUUGUUGCUCAUUUCCUGGGAGUCUUCACUGUACCACAAAUCAGUUAUUUCUCCAGCUGUGCCUGUCUGAGUGACAAAAAUGAGUUUCCUGCCUUUUUACGGACCAUGCCUAGUGACUUUUUCCAGGUAGAGGCUUUGGUUCAACUUGUUAAGCACUUUGGCUGGACGUGGGUUGGUGUGAUAGCAGGGGAUGAUGCCUAUGGUCGGAAUGGGGCAAACAUUUUUGCAAAUGAGGUCACAAAGUUUGGUGUUUGUAUCGCCUUUUAUGAAAUUAUCCCUAAGAACAGACAGCAGACAAAAAUUUUACACAUCAUUUCCAGAAUCCGCUUGUCCAGGGCAAAGGUGAUUCUCCUGUUUGCUGUGGAACAAGAUGCAGCAGCAUUGUUUGAUGAAGUACAGAGAAGUGAUCUUACUGGGAUACAGUGGUUAGCCAGUGAAGCUUGGAGCACAGCAGCUGUCCUUUCCAACUCCAGAAAGUAUCACCACAUUCUCCAGGGUACAGUUGGCUUUGCUAUUCAGCGAGCAGACAUUCCUGGAUUGCAAGACUUUCUGCUAAGCGUUCAUCUAUCAAAACUGGAUGCCCACAAAAAUCCUCUGCUUGUGUCCUUCUGGGAAGAAGUGUUUCAGUGUAGCCUUGGUGCACAAACUGAAUAUCAGGAACAUGAAGCAGAAAGCAAGCCCCCAUGUUCUGGGAAAGAAGACCUCAGGAGCGUGACAAAUAUCUAUUCAGAUGUGUCACAGCUAAGAAUUUCCUACAAUGUAUACAAAGCCGUGUAUGCCGUUGCUUCUGCUCUGAAGGCUUUGAAAAGCUGUGUGAAAGGAGAGGGACCUUUUUUUCAGAAGUCAUGUGCAGAUGCAGACAAAAUCCAACCUUGGCAGCUACUUCAUUACCUAAAGCAUGUGCAAUACUUGAAUUCAUUUGAAGAUGAAAUCACAUUUGAUGACAAUGGUGACCCAACAGCUGUGUAUGAUCUGGUAAACUGGCAAAUGAAUACAGAUGAGGAAAUUAUGUUUGUUAACAUUGGCAAAUUUGAUGGUAUGGCCACAAGCGAUAAACAAAAACUCCAUAUCCAUGAUGAAAUAAUUUUUUGGAAUGGCAACACAACCAGGGUUCCCUUGUCAAUAUGCAGCACUAUUUGCCCUCCAGGCACACGAAAGGCAAUGAGACCUAACUUUCCAGUCUGCUGCUAUGACUGUGUGGCUUGUAUGCCUGGGGAUAUCAGCAAUAUCUCUGAUGCUAUAGAGUGUACACCAUGCCCACCACAGUAUUGGUCCAAUUCCAAAAGGACCACCUGCAUACCCAAAAAUGUGGAGUUCCUCUCCUUUACAGACACUAUGGGCAUCACCCUAGUUGUGAUUUCUUUAUUUGGCUCAGUAAGCACCUGUAGUGUGGUUCUUAUAUUUUUCUGCCAUAGAACGACACCUAUAGUCAGAGCUAACAACUCUGAGCUAAGCUUCCUGCUGCUCUUCUCCUUGACACUAUGCUUCUUGUGCUCUCUGACCUUUAUUGGCCAGCCAUCCAAGUGGUCCUGCAUGCUGCGCCACACAGCAUUUGGGAUCAGCUUUGUGCUCUGUAUCUCCUGCAUUCUUGGAAAAACAAUAGUGGUGCUAAUAGCCUUCAAGGCUACACUUCCAGGCAGUAAUAUUGGUAAAUGGUUUGGGCCUGCACCACAAAAGGCUAUCGUCUUGAUUUGUACCCUAGCACAGGUCAUCAUUUGCACAGUGUGGCUGCUUGUUGCCCCCCCUGCCCCACGUGAACUGAUGUCACGAGAGAAAGCCUUUGUCAUUCUAUUAUGCGAUGAAGGCUCAUACAUUGCAUUCGCUUUGGUCCUGAGCUACCUUGGACUCCUGGCAUUCAUCUGUCUUCUCUUGGCUUUCUUGGCCAGAAAACUUCCUGACAGCUUUAAUGAGGCUAGACUCAUCACUUUCAGCAUGCUGAUAUUUUGUGCCGUGUGGAUAGCAUUUAUUCCUGCCUACAUCAGCUCUCCGGGGAAGUAUGCAACAGUCACAGAAGUGUUUGCCAUCCUGGCCUCCAGUUAUGGACUUUUGGGUUGCAUCUUUGCCCCAAAGUGUUAUAUGAUCCUACUCAGACCAGAGAAGAACACCAGGAAAAACAUGAUGUUAAAAGUUUCCUCCAGCAAACAAUAG